AUGUCUGAUAACAAUGGUUACACGUGGCGCGACCACUCGCGCUUGUUCCUUGCGUGUGGUGUUGUGAUCCUUAGCCCAUUCCAGUAUGGGUUCGAUUUCGGUAUGAUUGGAGGCUUGCAGGCUAUGGUCGGGUUUCUCAAGAUAUUCGGAUAUCAAACCGACAAGACACCUACGGGAUGGAAUAUCGAUACAGAAAGACAGCAGCUCAUCUCCUCUCUUAUGACGCUGGGAGCUUUCAUCAGCUCCGCUACUGCUGGUGUUCCAUCCACCCGCUUUGGACGACGCAUGUGUCUGGUCGCGGCUUGCAUUACUUGCUUUAUAGCCAAUAUCAUGAUGAUGGCUACGGAAAACAUCGGAGCCCUCUACGCUGGUCGUCUCAUUAUUGGUCUCGCGAACGGCUACUUCAUGACCUUCUCACAGCUAUACCUGCAAGAGAGCAGUACGGCGGAACUUCGUGGCGUGUUUCUGACAGGUUUCAACUUCUUCGUCUCCUUCGGGACACUGAUUGGCACCAUCAUUGACUGGGCCACCGCGAAACGACCAGACAAAUCCGCCUACCUUAUCCCGCUCGGUCUUAUUUACGUGUUUCCCCUGAUCAUCAUCUGCACGAUAUGGUUCAUCCCGGAGAGCCCGCGUUGGCUGAUUCUUCAAGGUCGUUUCGAAGAAGGUGUAAAAGCCCUCGAAUGGCUUCGCCCUGCGCGCCACGAUUCUCGAGCAGAGGCGUCCGCCAUUUUAGCAGCCAUUGAGAAGGAGAAAGAGACAAGUUCUGGCAUAGGAUGGCUCGACAUGUUCAGCAACCCCGUCGAUCGCCGCCGUACUUUCCUCGCCGUCUUCGCCGUCUUACUCCAAGCAGCAUCGGGCUCCAUGUUCAUCAUUGCAUACAAAGCAUACUUUCUCCAGAUGGCAAAGGUUUCCGAUCCCUUCGCCAUGUCUAAUGUCCUAUCCGCCAUCAGCAUAGUGGCCUUCAUCGCAAACUCCUUCAUUGUGGUACGUUACGGAAACAGGCGCGUGCUUCUCAUGACCGGCCUACUUGUCUGCGGCAUCCUCCAACUCAUCAUCGCCGUCGUAUAUCACCAAGCGCCUAACGCAAAGUCAACCGGGAAAGUUACAGUUGGUCUAACCGCCAUCUACAUGUUCAGUUACAACGGCAUGAUAUCGACUUACGCCUGGCUCUCCGGUGGCGAACUCCCGAAUCAGCGUCUGCGCUCCCAUACAUUUGGUCUGGCUGCCAGUGCCGGUUUCGUGGGCGCAUGGCUCACUACCUUUACCGCACCAUACUUUAUCAAUCCGCAGUCUAUGAAUUGGGGGCCGAGAUAUGGUUUCAUUUGGGCGCCGUCUUGUGCAAUUGCUGCUACAUGGGUCUUCUUCUUCCUUCCUGAGGUAAAGAAUAGGACAUUAGAAGAGAUUGAUGAGAUGUUUGAGGCUAAGCUACCUGCGAGGAAAUUUAGUAGUUACAAAUGUGUGGGCGCUGCAAGGCACGAUGAUGAGGGCAAGGGGAGGAGCAGUGUAGAGAGGGAGAAGGAAGUUGCUGUGUUUCAAAAUGAGAAGGUUGCUGUUGAGACAAGUGUGUCGAGGGAUUAG